CUUUGCCUGGUCGCUUGACGCUAAGCUCACUUCUGCUCUGCCACCCCAGAGCCGCUUCCAUCCAUCCACUUGUUUACCUGUCACCGGCCUUAGCUGCGGCCUGCUUCUAUUUUAUUUUUGUUGCUUCUGUUUGGAAUACCUGCAGACAAACUACCAAAAUCCUCACCAUCUCUUGAUAUCUCUCUCCCGGCGUUACAUAUUUUCCCCCUCUUAUCGUGUCUCGCCUUCUCCCCAGUCCCCGCAGGCAGCAGCCCGUACAUGGUAGCAGCCACAGCACCAGGCAGAGACGGUCGACACGAAGCGUAACCGAAACACCAACAAGAAUCCGAGGAGGCGGAUGGUGAAGGUGUAGAAAAUGUUUUCAGAAUACGCAUCACGCUUCCUCGCCCAGUCGCAGUCACGGCUCUCCAACUUUGGCCAAGUGGACGACAAUACACAACGAACAUCCGACCGAGCCGGACGAACACAACGAGACGGCACUAGAUCGGCUGCUGGCCAGAGAUCCUUCCUGUCGAGGGGCUAUGGCGGCAACCCGUACCAGCAGAACGGCACUGGCUCCAGGUUUGGUAACCUUGCGUUUGCCUCUCGCAUCUCUGCAGCCCAGGAUGCACCGCUCUUCCACGGCACGCUAGACGAGUACCGCGAAGACGAUGAGGAGGACGAGCGAGAUCGUGAGGAUCUCUUCGCCCUACAGCGAUCACGGCGAGUCGCUGCCGCUAGCAAGCUGGCGGAGAGCGUCGAGUCCGACGCCAACAGCCGUGGAUCUCUGGACGACAGUGCAGCGCUCGACGACCAUCCGUAUCGAGGUAGAGGUAUGCACAGGGGGAUCAAGAGCAGCUGGAACGAGACGAGAGGUCACUACCGAGCCUCAGUUGCGCAAGAUACUCUCCAGGAGGAAGCCGAGGAGCUGGGUGAAGCGGACGAACACCCGCUGCGUGACCAAAAGGCUGGCUUGGUUGAUGUUGGCCUAGAUUCGCAGACAGAAGAUAACGAUGAACCCCCGGAAUCUCUACUUGGCGACGCUGCGACAGACUCGAGCCCGCCGCCGUUUCAACGAUUCAAAACUACGGCAAACGACCGAACACCAUUUAUGCUCAACAGAACGUCUACCGACACCACGGAAAUGAGCGACCUUCAACGCGACGAUCCUGUAGAAGGAGAACCCAUGGAUGAGUUACCUACGCCUUCGGAUGGAGAAGUCUUUCGCCACGACCCUUUCUUUGCGUGGAUUUUCCUCAUCAGCUGCGCCGGCAUGAUGUCUACUUAUGUGCUUGUCUGGCUGCAUACCGCUCCUCGCAAGAGCCCUGUUGGAGAUACUAUUUACACCGCCAUCCAGAGAUCGUUCCACAUGCUGGCCGUGGACACAGUCGUGGCCAUCAUAGUCUCGUUUGUUUGGCUCGCAGCUUUACGGUCGUUUGUGCGACCUCUCGUCAGUGUUAUCUUGGUGGCUGUCCCGGUGAUCAUGAUGUCCUUUUCCCUCUACGCCUUUAUAUCGUCGUUCCAGGGCAGGACACAUGGCGGAAGUUUCCAGGAUGGAGUUAUGCGUUGGGCUUCCUUUGUCCCCGCGGCAAGCUGCGUCCUGUGGCUAUGGCUAGUCGUCAAGGGCCGCCGCGCCAUCGACCAAGCGAUUGAGAUUUUACAAUUUUCGUCACGAAUCUUGGCUCAGAACCCUGGUUUACUAAUUAUGGGAUUUGGCUGUCUGGCUUUGAUUGUGGUAUGGACGUGGGUUUGGCUGGCCAUGUUUACGCGUGUUUUCAUGGGCGGCUACUUUUCCAAGUCGUCUCCAGCGCGCUUCGUUAUUGAGCUUUCUAGCUGGUGGCUUGGAGCAGGCUUUGUCUUUAUGUACAUGUGGACGCUGGCCGUCAUCAACGCUGUCCACAGAGCCACGACAGCAGCAACAGUCUCGCAGUGGUACUUUCACAGAAACGCUGGCCCGGCGGCUCCGUCGAGGGAGAUUGUCUUGGCCGCGCUUGGCCAUGCAGUGACAACCAUCUUUGGUAGCAUUUGCCAGUCCACCCUUCUCUCGCUCCUUAUCCGAGCGCCGCUGCUCUUCUUGCCGCGCCGCGUUGGCGCCACCAUUACCAACAUUGCAUCAGCUUGGAUUCCCACGCCGAUUGUAGCACUCACCAACCCUCUUACGAUUACAUAUGCAGCUAUUCACUCGCAAUGUUUGGCUACGUCUUCACGAGGCCUUGAUCAAAUGGAAUUCGUGACGCCAGCAAUGCCAACCACCACAUUAACUCCUCGCGCGUUGCGGCUGCGUGGGCAGCAGUCGGGUUUGGUUCCGUACCGCCUGGCGAAGCUGCUUCUGGUUGCGACUAGGUUUAUUAUGGCCACCGGCUUGGGUUUUGCCGGAUGGGUAAUCACCGCAAAACAGCUGCAAAUAUUGCAGUCUGGCAAUGCCGGUGUCCGCGGCUCAGCAUACGCCUAUGUUGUAGGACUGGUGGCUGGUUUUAUUGGAUACUCUGUCAUGGGCGCCAUGGAGGGCAUUUUGAGCGGAAUUGUAGAUGCUGUGUUGAUCUGCUACGGCAGCGAGAGGCGCAUGGAAAUGGGCCACGGAAGAUUUUGUCUAGAAGCUGCAUAUCUUUUUGGCGAGCGUCGAUCUGGAGGUCUUGGCGACGGCCGCGUGUAAACAUAAGACUCUUUUGAAAGAGCGUUGGUUGUAUCAUAUGAGUAUCACAUAGGCUAUAGCAUUCGUGUAAUACGCCUGUUUAAGCAACUGAAAUAAAUGUACAAUGUAUUUUACUACUAAACGAAUAUCCCCUUCCUCGCCUUUUCCAUGUCCCUCCGCGUACUCCAAGCCUUGUCGUUUAGCAGGCCCAAGCAUGAUCAUCAUCAUACUCAAAGUGAACCUUUGUCAAGGUGUCGAUGCCAUUGUUGGAUUUUCCACUAUAUCUGGUGCUCAUGCACGAGCAGAAGCCAGCGCGGCAAAACUUGAGCACGUCAUGAGGAUAUGUGAAGAUGUCGGCGUCGCCCUUGCCGGUCUGGCACUUGAAGUGUGUGGUGGCGAUUUCGUUGCCAUUGGCUUGGCACUGCUUAGUGGUAUCGCAGCCAACCAUGAGUUGUGUAUCACGAGGAUCAAUGGAAGCGUACAAACAGUUAUUUUGAUCGACCAUGAGGAUAUCAAGCGUGCCUGAAAAGCGAGCAGCGGCGAUGCUGGCGAGGGCGGUAAUAGCAACAGCGAAGGACUUCAUAUUGGUGGUGGGAAGAUUUUGAGGGUGAAGAGAGUUCUGUGAAGAAGUAAUAAUGGUAGAUAUGUGUGAGUUUGUUUGAAAGAAAGCAAAUGGAGGCUUUUUAGAGGGCUUUUAUAACACAUUAUGCGAGCUGAGUGGGUGGGUGGAAAUGGCGCGUAGGGCGGAUUGCCAAAUCGAGUAAUACGAUAUUUUAGCGCGAGAUCGCGCAGUGCUCGUUUAGGGCAGGCAAGGCGAGGAUACGGGAAGCCGGGGAACUAUUGGUGGGUAAAUAUUAAUAUCGGCGGUGUACUUGUGAGUACAGAUGAUUUUUUGUUUUACUAAUCUUUUGUUAGGCUGGCUUCGGGUUUACCUCUUUGGAUUUUGCUCCAUGAACUUCACAUAUAUGGCUUGAAGCAGCCAGGCGCUGUGGUUCCUGUCCUUAGCGUUCUGAAUGCCCUAUACUUUAGGUGCGCUCAGUGGCUUGUGAGUGUGUGGCUACGGAAAUAUGCACGAUUUGUCAAAAAGGCGAAGGGA